UGGUGCUUUGUACCAUCAAAUUUUUUUACACACGGCUUCUUAAAAGUCAGUAAAAGAUGACAAAGUGUGGUUUACUCUGUAAACAUAAUUGUCAGAGUAAUUAACGUGGUUACAUGUUAGUAAAACAGCCACGAUGCAACAUUUCUCAUGGUUGCUUUGAGCUAGCUAGUACUAGCUAGCUAAGCAGUGGUCAGUGCAGCAUUAGCACGAAGGAACAAAUAUUGACUCUCUUCCGCUCAGACUCCUGACAUGGGGAGUAAAAUUUCCUUCAGCAGAAGAAGCAGUGAGCAAUACACAGUCUCUGAGUUGACACCUGUGACAUCGCGUCCUCGAAGCUCCUUUCAAGUACCAACAGACAGCAAACAGGAAACUGGUGGUACAAUGUGUAGUGAGGAGAGUCAGGAUUCCAAAUGGGAUGAGGAAACCAAAGUAACAAAUACAAGUGAACUUUCAACUGAUCCCCCUCCAUCAUACACUCUAAAAUCUGUAGAACCUGCUGAUACCAUCCGGCAAUCUGAUGAACCUAUCUUCUCAGAGGUAGGGAUGGAAGGGGAGUCUGAAUUGACGCCUGCAAGUGUGUGCAAGUCAACUUGUAGACAACAUGUAAGCGUUCGAAAGAAACCUGGCCGUCCUAAAAAGAAAAAACCCUUGUUGAAUGAGAUCGAAGUCAAAGCAAAUGUUGACGGACUCGUGGCAGGUCAAGAUGAAGAUAUCGCCCAUACAGCACCAGAGCCAACAUACAAUGGUGACACUGUGUCCAACAAUUUAAGUGAAUCACUUCUUGAUAAGACUCCUGGAACAUAUGAAAUAUCGGAUGGACAACCAGAAGAUGAUGUUUCAUUGCUGGAGAAACCAAAAAGAAGCAGACGAAGGAGACACACAUUUUCAGAGGUUUCAGAGGUUCCAAUUGUUAAUAACCUUAGGAGUUCUAAAAAACGGAGUAGUAACAGGGAACAAGCAAUGGAUAAAAACACCGAUGUUAUAGCUGACCCAAAGGAAAUGGAGGUUUUGCUGACUCCAAAGAGAAAUAAAAGAAGAAGAAGAUCAAAGUUGCGAAUCGCUCAGAAAGUCCCUGCUAAAGUGUCCAAUUUGGCAUGCUUAUCCACUGACUCACACUCUAUGGCUGUAGAAGACAUAGUCAAGCAGGGAGUUGAGGACACAGAGCACCUUCAUCCAAAUAAAAACUCAAGCCACCUGUCCCUUUGUCCUGUAGCGAAAGACACUGUUAAACAGGUGGGAAGAAAUUGUGCAAAUGUGCAGGUGAUACCAAAUGGAGAUGGAGACAACUUGUCCCUGCAGUCUGUAGUAAGAGAAACUGUUGAGCACAUGGAUAGCGAGCAUCCUCAAGCUCAUUCCGAUGGCAAGGACGGUCCAGUAUUUGAAAACCCAAAAAGACAGCCAGUGGAUGAAAAUGUUCUUCAAGAGUCACAGUCUCAUAGCAAUCUCUACAAUUUAGAGACCACCAGCCUUCCACAAGUGACAGGGCCAGGUUGCAAUGACAUUGAAGCAUCUUCUGCAGAUCUCCCUGAAACUGACAUCAAACUUGAGAACACAGAAGUAGAGCUGGAUCAAUUGGGUCCUGUGUCAAAGUCUAUAAAUAAUCGUACAUGUUUACAAAAUACCAAAAUGACGAUUGGUUCGCAAGGGCCCAGCCAUCAAAAAAUCAUUUUCAGGCGCAAAAGAGGCCGCAAGAGGAGACAGAGAUUAUCCAAUGUUUCGCUACACGUAUCCAACACUAAAGCAGAAGCAGACACAAAUACGGACAACAACAUAAAUGUCAUCCACAUCCGUAAAGGGACAAAAACUCUGUUGAAAUGUGGUUUUUGUGGUCGCACAUAUAAGUUCAUGUCUCAGUUAGUCAUACAUCAACGCGUUCAUACAGGAGAGAGACCCUUUGUAUGCCCUGAAUGUGGCAAAACUUUUAGCAAGAACUCCAACUUAAAUUUGCAUCUAAAGACACACAAGAAGAAUAUCUUAACUAAGAAAUGUACAUCUUGCAGAAAGACUUGCUCCCCUGACGAAUAUCUAAUCCACAUGAAGAUGCAUGCUGAAGCGCUGGAACAUGAAGAAAUUUUGAAAACAGAAAACACGAACACAGAUGUAAUUCCCGGUAAAAAUCCUAAGAGAGCUUUGGACCCUGACAAGAAUGAAAGCAAAGUGUGUCUAUACUGUGGGAAAUCCUUCAGGUUUCAGUCUGCCCUUGUAAGGCACGAGCGCACCCACACCGGAGAAAAGCCUUACAAAUGUGAUCUCUGUCACAAGGCCUUUCCCCUGAGCUAUUUGCUCCGCGGACAUGAGAUGACCCAUUGGUCGGUGAAGCAGUACAACUGCACAGGCUGUAGAAAGUCCUUCAGCCAUUACGGCAACGCGAAAAACCAUACAUGUAGACCUCCUAGAAGCAGCAAGCCCAGCAAACGGAUAGCAGGAGAGUCUUUGCUAAUGUACACAUGCCCCAUUUGCAAAGCUGUUAUGGACAGCCUGCCAAAGUUAAAAAAUCACAUGAAAGAUCACAUUGGGACAAACCUUUAUCUUUGUUUGCUGUGUGAAAAGCUUUUUGGUGAGCUGUCUGAAUUUAAUGCCCAUUGUGGUCAGUGUCAUGGCGAGAAAAAUGUCCCCGGUAUUGCAGCGAGAGAGGGAAUGGCAUUAGUAGAGUACACCGAAGCGAAACAUAAGUUUUUAUCAGAGGAAAAAUCGGACUCCAAUCUCAAAAGCAAUUAUGAAAUCCUCAAACGACCAUCUUCCCUACUUAACCCCAAGAUAUGUUCCUCCAAGUCAAAAAAAACAUUCCGGUCAAAAGUGGCACCAUCUCAUCAGCUCUCAUGUUUUGUGUCCAAGUUGAACAAACUGGACAACCGAUCGGACCCCAGGAAGUAUUUAUGCCCUAGUUGUGGCCGACUUUUUAGGCACAUGGGCAGGCUCCGAGCCCACAUGCUCACUCACGAUCCCCAGCAAAGUUACGCCUGCUCUUGUUGUGGCAAAACUCUUGAAAACUGGACCAAACUGUGGCGUCAUCAGAGAAUCCACCGUCAGCGACAAGGACGCUUCAAGUGUCCUUUGUGCUCCAAAGGAUUCAGAUUUGUCCAGUCGUACAAACAACACAUGAGUGAGCACAGAGACUUCCGCUGGAUUCAGUCAAAGUCUAAGAGAGUGUUUCUACCUUAUAAUUGUGAUCAGUGCAGAUGUAGUUUUAAAACCCUUGAUUUGCUGUUCGGUCACCAGCUUUGUCAUUUCUCAGCAGACGACAUGCACAAAGACUGUGACUUUAACCUGUUCUUAGAUGAUCAUUGUACACAAUCUAAUAACCCAACCACAAACCAUCAUGUAAUGACACUGUGUCCUGAACAUGAGGACCCUGUGUCAACAGUCCAGAAAGACAAAUCUCUUUUGCAACCACAAGACAAAGACUUGCAACAAAAAUACUCCCCUAUACUGACUUUAAAUUCAUUUCAUCAAGAUCAUGAUCUUGGUUUGGAUAAGACUGCCUAUUGUCCAAAAAAACUGAAUAUCACACAAGACAAAGCAUCAAAGUGCCACAGACUUGAAGGCAAAGUAACAAAAAAGCCAAAUGUAUCGUUGAGAACUGUAGACAAACCUUCAACCCCCCAAAAAGAGUCUUCACAAGGCUUUAUGUGUGCUAUGUGUGGUAAGGAAUAUACAGCAGUUUCAGACCUUUAUCAGCAUUAUUUGGAGCAUGCCAGAGGUCUGGUGUAAAAAGUAGGAUAUAACAUGAUAACUUUUUAUAUUAUAUGAAAUGUUUUUGGACUGAAUUAGAGCACAUUGUAGCCAUAAUUUGAUUGUAAAAAUAAGAGCUAUAACAUUUUUCUUUUUCAGAGCUGUACAUAUAGAACCACAAUCACAAGUUGUUUACAUGACAUUGCAGUAUAAAUUGUACAUAACAUACUGUCAGUUAUUGACCUCUUGUCCCCUCCUGCUGCAUUCUCUUUUCAUACUAUAAUGUCAACAUAAUGUCAAGCAAGAGGCUUUUAAGAUAUGUACAUGUGCUAUAGUUAACACAACUUUUACCCAAAAGUGUAACUGCAUUAGUUAAUUUUCGUAAGUUACAUCAUGUGUUCAUUUGCUGAUAAGGUUACAUUUUUCCUGUUUUAAUUCUGCAGUAUAUGUUUGUCAUCACCAAUAAAGGUCUGCACUAUUUUGA